AUGUAUAAAAUAGGUGAAUCAUUUUGGUCUACGCCUGUUACCAUUACUGCUGUACCAUCUGUAUUUGUAGGAUUUUCCUGGACUACUUUUGCCAUAUCAUUACCAAAUCCAGUUUCAGAAUUUAGCUGGCCAAUUCAACUUCAGCUACUCGAGAAACCAAUGGACUAUGAUGAAAAUGUAUCAUGGGAGUCAAACCUAGCUAAGUUUAAAAUCAUUUGCAGAUGUGAAGUUCCUGCCGAGGUAAAUUAUUGGGUAAUACACGGCUUAUGGCCUAAUUCUCUGGAACCACCGAAUCCUUCUUUUUGUAACAGAUCUUGUCCGUUUGAUCUGGAAAAGAUACAGCCUCUCGUUCAUGACUUAGAAAAAGACUGGCCAAACUUCUUCACCCAUAGUAAGGAGUCAAGUUUUUGGAAACAUGAGUGGGAGAAACAUGGAACAUGUGCAUCUUUUUUACCUGCUCUCAGUUCUGAAAAACUGUACUUUGCCAGGAGCUUAGAGUUGAAAGAACAGUAUGAUCUGAUCGAAAUUUUCACAGCUGGGGGUAUUGUAUCCAGAAAAGACCAGCCUUACUCACUGAACAAUGUGUCAAGUGCACUGCACACUCACCUGAAGGUGAGGGCUGUUGCUGAAUGUGAAUAUUCAAAGCACUUUAAAUAUCCGCUCCUGUCCUCGGUCGAAAUCUGUGUGGAUCUGAACUGCAACUUAAUAGACUGUCCAACUUCUCUUGAAGGAUGUAAAGCUGAAUCGGUUUUGUAUCUACCAAUAGAAAGUACAAGAAUCAACCUGAAGGGUGUGUCACUGAAGCCAACGUUUAGCAAGUGGAUACAAAGAUACUAUGAAUAUUUUCAAUAAUGACAGAGAGGUUUCUAAAUAGCAGCACUGAAACUUUCCAAAGUAAUAAUAUUUAGAAAUAUCAGUGUAAACUUCUUGCAAGAUCAGGAUUGAUGAAUCUAUAGCAAAGUGGAAAAGACUGUCAAUAUUAGAUAAUCUAUUGAAAUUAUUUUAUUUAUAAGAAUGUUCUAGAUUAUUUUGUAAUAUUUACUUACGGAAAGUUAUCUUUAACAGUAAGUUUUGAAAGCAUGUGAUCCAUACGAGAUUUUAUGCAAAGAAACUAGUUUUUCUAGUUAGUUGCUCGUAUGGAAUUAUAAAAGAUUGAAAUAACUUUCUUAGUUUUAGAGUAUUAACGUGGUUUCUCUGUGUAAAGUGUUUGUGGAAAUUGAUCCUGGUAUUAUGAAACUUAAGAAUUAAUUUUACUUAUUUACUGCACCUCAUGCUAGAAUUGUUUGGAUUAAGGUGAAAUUAAUUUCAGAAAUACGUCUGUAAGAAGUAUUUUAUUGACGACAGAAAAACAUUUUAUUGGUUUGGUUUUGAAAUGUAUGUUUUAUUGCAUGAGAGUUCUUGAGCACUAUUUCUACAAAUUGAUUUCUUGCUCAAUUACUUUAUCAUUCUCACUUUAAACUAAACUGGCAAAAAUAUCUGGAAUCUAUUAAAUCCAUACAAUAUCUUCCAGGUGUGCAGCUGAAAUUUUAAAAAUAUGUUUUUAAUUGUACGGGUAUUUAAUGAUAUGCACCAGUACUCCAUGAUAUCGCACGUGGCAGUAGCUUGGUACGUCCUCUUUGUCAACUGGUUGAACCACAUUUUUUUAAACCUGUUCACUCUAGUUACCAGUUUAAUCUGCAGCUUGGCACUAAAAUAAGGUAUUAAAGAAAGUGAAGUGUGAUAUUUACCUAGUGUUUUUAUGAGCACUUAAAGAGUUUUACUACAGGUGAGUAAAAUCGUGUAAAAUUAAGUAUUGGUAAAACACCUUCAGUUAAAAGACUUUACUUUCUAUACUACUACUCUUCAUAAUCACCGACCCUAGUGGUGUAUAACAGAGUUUGGCCAUUUUGUUUUUAAUUAUGUAAUUUUUUUUUAUUUUCUGCAAAAACACCUAAAUAACUUAAAAAAUGGAUAAACUCAGUAACUCACUACUAGAGAGCACUGAUUGUUCAACAGUGCCGUCACUUCUUUCAAUAGAACACGAAUGAAGCAAUAUUGUAGGUGGAGGGUGAUACAUAUUUCUGGGAAUGAUAUUCAGGAUAUCAAGGUUUUGAUCACUUGUAUUAGUAUCAACUUUUAAUGCAGGAGAGUUAAUGUUCUUCGCAACAUUCUGAUUUCCUUUUUAGCUCCAACCCAGAAAGUUUGUCGUUGUGAGGGUAUUCCUUCUAUUUGUCCAUGAUAGUCCACUGCUACUUUCCAGUUGUUGUACUAAGUUCGUUGAGUUCCAAAUAGUGUUCCGAUAGUUCUGUUAAACUCCAGAAUAGGUUCACUGCCUAAUAGGUUCACUGAUGUAUUCGUCAACUAGUUGAAUAGUUCCAUAAUUUCUGAAAAUCUUUAAUUCAAAUACUUGCAGAUAAGAUCCCUGAGGAAUUUCUUUAUCAAGCUAAAUAACCCCACUGAGCACCAGCUGUUUUCAGAAUAGGUAAAUUUGUAUUCUUCUGUAGUCGUUAUUUGUUUACAUUUUUGAAUUUCGUAAUGUGUCUUCGCCAAAUACAUUUGGUGGCAGUAUAUGUCCCCCCCCUCAACAAAAAUGUCCAGGUAUAGAGUUAAAUUAGGCAGUAUAGAUGUGGCUACAAUACCACAUGUGAUCUUCAGGCUGUUGAUUAAUGGGACUAUAUGAUUAAUUGUAACACCUAUUUCUAAUACACAAAAUCUUGUAACAGGUGGCCAUAUAGGCUAGUCAAUGGAGCUCAACGUUAAAUCCAGUUACAGUAGGUUUAUAUUAAAUCCAAAUGUACAGUUGCGAGUGGAGUACACAAGUCACUAACUCAAGGAAGCUUAAAGCUAGAAAUGUACAGUUGCGAGUGGAGUACACAAGUCACUAACUCAAGGAAGCUUAAAGCUAGAAAUGUACAGUUGCGAGUGGAGUACACAAGUCACUGACUCAGGGAAGCUUAAAGCUAGAAAUGUACAG